AUGCAACCACGGAGCCAUGAAGCGGACGCGCCCGGGGGCGCUGGCGCUGGCGGCGGCGGCGGUGGCGGGACUGGGCCUGUUUUGUCGCACACGUACAGCGGCAAGCUGCAUGCUUUUCUCAAGUCGCGCACCGGCCAAGCGCCUCAGCGCAUCGAAGCGUCCCCCGCGGAGGGCAAAGUCGCGCGCGCCAUGCGAAAGCAGAUAGAAGAAGUGGCGCGCGCGAAUGACGCAGCAGCUUCGGCCAAGGCCAACGCAGCAUCCCCCCCUGUCCGCUUCGCGCGCACGUUCGCGCGCAAGCACAGGGAGUGCGACGCGGGGGACGGCCCGGGCAUUGCGCAGGGCGGCGGGGGCGGGCGCGGAAGCUUCAGCCUCGACGACGAGCCCGAUUGGGGGGCGCUCGCGACCGAAGGAAAGGGGAAAGCUGCGCGCGCAGGCGGAAAGGCCGUGGGCGGACAGGCGGGCGGAGGCGGAGGCGGAGGCGGGAAAGGGCACGAGCUGGGGCGGGAGGCGGGGGAGGACGCGGAGAGAGAGGCGGAGCUUCUGGAGGAGCUCCCCGCGCUGAUCCGCAAGGCGAAGAGCAAAGACGUGGGGGAGGUGCGCGAAGCCGCGGAGGGGUUCAGAGACCUGAGCAAGUGCUCGGAGCGCGGAAUUCAAUUCCUCUGCGACGCGGGGGGGUUGAUCGCGCUGCUGCAGAUGCUGGGACCCGGCGCGGACGAGGCCGCGACGGAGCACGCGGUUCUAACGAUUCUUAAUCUGUCGCUUAGCAAUAAGAGCAUCGCGAAUCGGUUCCUCGUGUCGGGCGCGCUGACGAGCCUCUCUAGCGUGCUGUGCCGGUCGCACAACCCGUCGAUUCGCAGCAACACAGCGGCGGCGAUCACGGCGCUGGUGGCAAGAGGCGGCGCGGCGCAGGUGCCGUCGCUGCACAAGCAAGGGACGGUGCGCGCGCUGCUAGAUCUCGCGGAGGGGUCGGGGGAAGGGUCUGACGGGCGGCGCGACGCGCUGCGCGCGCUCGCGCGGCUGGCGGGGAGCGAGGAGGUGCGGGAGGAGAUGGUGGAGGAGGGGGGAGUGGAGCUCGCGCUGCGAUUGGCUGUGAGCGGUGACGUGGACGUGUUAGAUGAGGUGGCGGCGCUGCUGGCGCAGCUGGGGCGCACGGAGAGCGGACUGAGGCGGAUCUACACGUUCCGCGCCCAGGGGAAGGGGGAGGGGGAGGGGGAAGCGCAGGGGGAAGGACAGGGGGAAGCUGAGGGGGCCGUGUUGGGAGUGGGUGUGCUGGUGGGUUUGGUGGUGGGGGAGGAGGGGUCAUCUCUGGCGCGGGAAAUGGCCGCGGCAACGCUGCUGCGCAUGGCGACUAAGGGCGACGAGGAGUGCCGCGCUGCUGUGGUGGCCGCGGAGGGCACACUGCUGCCACACCUGGAUCAGAUGGCCGGGGAUGACUCGUCUCAGCGGCUGCAAACCAAGGGUUCAGAAGGCACGCUGCUGCCGCGCCUGGAUCAGAUGGCUGGGGACGACUCGUCGCAGCGGCUGCAAACGAAGGCUAGGGUUGAGAGCGCAGAAGGCAUGCUGCUGCCGCACCUGGAGCACAUGGCUGGGGAUGACUCGUCUCAGAGGGUGCAGUCGCGGGGGUUUGUGUGGGGAGUGGUGCUGUGUGCUGUGGGGUGGGGCGUGUUGCCGCGUCCAGAGCAGAUAGAUGGGGUUCACUCGUCCCAGAGGCUGCAAACGAAGAUAGAUGGGGUUCACUCGUCCCAGAACCUCCACUCGCGCGUGCGUGUGGCAGCAGGGUUUGGGCCAAGGGUCUCGCUGACGCUCUCACGCAUUCCUGAGCAGCACCACAGCUGCUGCCAAGCUCCCCUCUGCCGCGCUCCCCUCUGCCGCGCUCCCCUCUGCCACUCCCCCUUCCGCCACUCCCUUCCGCUUCGUAUCCCUUUCUCUCUUUUCCCUUCUCUCGCUUUCCUGUCUCACCAAUUCUCUUCUCUCCAUCUCAUUUCUCACCACUUCCUUUCGCUCCCUUCUUCCCCAUCCUGA